AUGUCCUCCAUAUGUUACAAUACCCAGAGAAACGCAUCCAGUUUGGAAGUCAUGCUUCUUGAGAAAGAGAAUGAAAUUCUUCAUAUUGCUGCACAAUGUCUCAACGUCAACGUGAGUGCCUGCAAGCUUUCAGACGUCGCCGAUUGGAACCACUGCAGUUUCAAUCUACGUGUUCCUAUUCAUGUCGAUUGGAAGGGGCUUGAACGAGUUCUAUUCCGUGUCCCACUCCCGUAUAAAAUUGGCGAGGACUUGCUCCCAGGCAACAUGGACGAGAAAGUCAGAUGUGAGGCGGCAAUCUAUAUUUACAUUCACCAACACUGUCCUGAUGUCCCCAUCCCCAUGCUCUUGGGCUUCGGCGUCUCCACCGGAAUCGACUUCACACCCCUUGAGAAUGCUUCCUUCUUGUGUCUACUCUAUCGAUGGCUUGCCGAUCAGCUGCGAACCGUUGUGGGAAUCCCAUUAGCGUCGCCUUUUGUCGCCAAUCGUCGAACAUCGACCCUUUGUGUGGGUUACAUUGUACUGGAGUAUAUUGAGCGCGGGCAGAUGCUCUCUGAGACCUUCAAUUCUCAAAUAUGCGAUCCAUCACGGCGGUGGGACCAGUUCAAGGAUCUGUCCCGUAUCAUGGGAUACAUAUCACUCUCCAAGCGGCCUUUAACUCUCCAACUCCAAGCACUCGAGAAUGAAGACAUUCCUACAGGUAAUGACCGUUUACGAACCUAUGAAUGCACCGAGAGCUACGUGCUGGAUCUCCUAGCGUACCGUGACAGCCGCCUUCUGCAUCAGCCAAACUCCAUGAACGAUGAGAAGGACGGGAGGAGACAGAUGUCCGCCGUAGGUCUAACGAGGUCCAUUAUGCCCCUAGUUCAUCAACCGCAAGACCGCACGAGGCCCGGUUUUCCUCGGUCUCACGGAUCUGCAACAGUGCAACAGAGUAACAUCUUCGUCAACGAGUGGUGGCAAGUCGAGAACCUGAUAGGCUUGGAAUGGGCGUGUUCACACCCUUCCGAAAUGCUGAGACCGCCUUACUUGUUGACCGGGGAGAAGGUCGACUGUUUGUAUGGCAAGACCCAGCUUGACAGAUUCUGCAACGCACGCGAAGAAUUCAUGGCCGAGUUUCGACAACAGGAGAUGCUUCUAACGUCGCCGUCGGAGACCACACGAAGUGCCAUGACGGACCAGAUCGCGGCGGGAUUGCAGUAUCUGCACAGCAAGGGCGUCGUGCACGCCGAUGUGGGCUGGCAGAACGUGAUCGUGGUCAAUGAGGACACUUCAGACCAGGAUAGCUGCAGGUUGAUCGACUCUGAAGGGUGCGGAGUUGACGGUAACGCCGCAAACUCGUGCUACGAGUGGUUCAGCUAUCGACUCGCGACACCGCGGGUCAGCGAGCAGACUGACAUCUUCGCGUGCGGGUGCUUGGUCUACGAACUUGUCACGGACACGCCACUUUACCGGGAUGAAUACAAGGACUCGCGACACAGGGACCACGAGGUCGAACAGCUCUACCUGGCCAAUCGCUUCCCAGACCUGGCGAAUUGGCCGUUACGUCGGGUUAUACACGAUUGUUGGCACGGUCACUUCAACACAAUGGCGGAUAUGAUUCAGGCGCUCAACGAAUGA